AAGUAAUAUCAUUCUAUGUAACUGAAAGUGAAAGAGAAUACGUUGGAAAACAUACGUCGAGAUAAAAUCUCUCUUUUUACAGAAGAAUAUACGAAAGACUACAGAAAGACUUCAAGAGGAGUGUAAACACAGACAAGUCUGACUCUCAAAAGAAUUUUAACAGGAACUUAAAAUGGCAGAACCUUCAUCACCACAACUAAGAAAAGGCAGAAGAAAAAGCAUAGAUACACCAGAUUAUUGUUCUCAUGACUCCAGCAGUCUCCUGUCUGAAGAUCAGCUGCUGUGUUCGAUUUGUCUGGAUGUGUUCACUGAUCCAGUCACCACUCCAUGUGGACACAACUUCUGUAAGAGCUGCCUUACACAGUGCUGGGACAAGAGUCAACACUGUCUCUGUCCAUUAUGUAAAGAGAAAUUCACCAAGAGACCUGAACUGAAGAUUAAUACAACACUGAGAGAUGUUGCAGAUCACUUCAAGAAGAAAAGUGCUGUUGACAAACCUGAGGUUCUUUGUGAUGCCUGCAGUGGAGAGAAGCUGAAGGCCCUGAAAUCCUGUCUGGAUUGUUGUGCUAGUUUGUGUAAAACCCAUUUAGAGUUUCAUAAUAAUAUGCCCAAACAUAAGAAGCACAAACUAAUAAACCCUGUGGAGAACCUGGAGGACUACAUAUGCCAGAAACAUGAGAGAGCUCUGGAGCUGUUCUGUAGAGAUGAUCAGACGUGUGUGUGUCAGUUCUGUAUUGAUGGAGACCACAAGAAUCACAACACUGUUCCUAUAGAGGAGGAGAGCAGAGAGAGGAAGACUCAGCUGGUGAAAACACACACAGAUGUGCAUCAGAUGAUUCAGGACCGACUGAUGAUGAUUAAAGAGAUCAAACACUCACUAGAGCAAAAUAAGAGAAGCACAGAGAAAGAGAAAGCAGACAGUGUUGAAGUUUUCACUGCUCUGAUUCGCUCCAUUGAGAGAAGUCAGGCUGAGCUGCUGGAGGUGAUGGAGGAGAAGCAGAAAGCAGCAGAGAUGCAGGCUGAAGGACUCAUUAAAGAGCUGGAGCAGGAAAUCAGUGUGCUAAAGAGGAGAAACACUGAGCUGGAGCAGCUCUCACACACUGAGGAGCAUCUCCACCUCCUACAGAUUUACUCCUCCAUAUGCAGCCUUCCACACACCAAGAACUGGACUGGGAUCAGUAUUAACACUGAUGUGAGUGAGGACACUGUGAGGACAGCUCUGUCUCAGCUUCAGCAGACUUUGAAUGAGAAACUCAAUAAAACACUCGAUGACAAGUUAAAGGAAACAGUUUCCACAGAACUGAAGAGGAUUCAGCAGUAUGCAGUGGAUGUGACUCUGGAUCAUGAUACAGCUCAUCCAUAUCUCAUCCUGUCUGCUGAUGGAAAACAAGUGACACAUGGAGACAUGCGACAGAAUCUCCCUGAUACACCACAGAGAUUUAAUUAUUGUGUAUCUGUUUUGGGAAAGCAGAGUUUCUCCUCAGGGAGAUUUUAUUAUGAGUUGCAGGUUAGAGGGAAAACUGACUGGGAUGUUGGAGUUGCCACACAGUCCAUUAACAGGAAGGGACAUAUUACACUGACCCCUCAGAAUGGAUUCUGGACUGUGUGGCUGAGGAAUGAGAAUCAGUAUCAGGCUUGUGCUGGUCCCCCUGUCCCCCUCACACUGAGAGAGAAGGUGGAGGUUGUGGGGGUGUUUGUGGAUUAUGAGGAGGGUCUGGUCUCCUUUUAUGAUGUGAAGUCCAGAUCUCAUAUCUACUCUUUCACUGGUCAGUCUUUCACGGAGAAACUCUAUCCAUAUUUCAGUCCUUAUUUAAAUAAAGAAGGUAAAAAUUCAGCACCACUGAUCAUCUCUCCUGUAUUUAAGACUUAAUGAAUUUAAAUCUCCCAAAUUUACUCAUCUAUUAAACAAUUAGGUUAAAAGAAAUAUUUUAGUUUUUCUGCUUCAUUUUAAAUACAGCUAUAAGUGAAAACAAUAUUAAUCCUACAGUCUGUUUUUUAUGAUUGUUACCAAUCAACUAUUAAUACAAUAAUUAACCAUGUAUAAUUAUUUACAGUUCACAGUUUUACUGCAGAAUUAAUUUGAGCUACACAAUGUAUUAAGUUCAGCUGAUGAAGUUGAUAAAACAGAUCAAAACUUAAAACAUAAAUAUAAUUACAUUCAUAUUUUAUUUACAAAUAAAAAUCAUGAUGUUAUUUAAAACAGAAAUAAAAUAAAGAUAAAUAAAGGUGAAACAUUUUCCCCAACAUUUUCUCUCAGAAAACACAAAGCAACAGAUGGAGGCUCAAAAUAUUCACGAUCUACCUGAUUGGUCACUUUUCUUCUGCCUGUUCUAAAUGUGUUUUAGAUUUAUAAUUUUGUGUUCAUCAGGGUGAAUUCAAAAGUGAAUUUCAGGUUGAAUAUAAAAUAAUUCAUAAUAAUAAUGUUUUACAGAAUGGUUCCAUGUCAUAGUCCAGACACAGUAAGUAGGUAGUGUGUAUUAUUAUUAUUUUAAGAUGUUCAUCUCAGCUACAUUCUAGGAUUUAAUCUGAGAGUAAGUUAACCUAGAAAAGUGCUUUUCUAUAGUAUCUUCAGCUAAAUUACAUUUAUAUCCUACUGGUAUGUUACUGAUAUAUCUGCUUUAGUUUCAUUCAGUUUCAUCUGUACUUCCUUCUUUUACACUAGACCACAGAGAGAACUGGGUGAUCUAGUACUGGUGGAAAGGAGAUUUUCUACAUAUAUUAGACCUGAUAUAGCUUUGAUAUACAACAGUGAUUAUGGUCAUCUCUGUCACCUUUCUCCAUGAAUUUUCCAAGUUUUAUAUGUUUUAAUAAUUAAUAAAUUUCACUUCCUCUGAAAAUUGGUGUUGUAUCAACUCAACUCAAGAACAAAAUGCAAAAGUAUUCUAAAUAGGACAUUGAACUUCACAUGAACUGUUAUGCUAAUCUCUAAUUCCAACUGGAUUGUAACUGUUUGUUUUUUAUGAUUUUUGAUUGAUUACUUCACACUUUAUAAACAUGAAUCAAAAUGAUUGCUGUAAAUGUUUACUGUACUGUAAUUGUUAUUUCAAUUAGACAUCAUUAUUUGUAACAUUCUCAUUUUCAUGACUGUAUCUUCUAUCCAUUUUGCAACUUAUUUAACGAACAAAAAUAUGAGAAUAAUCAUUUUUGGGAAUUUUUGUUUGUUUUUCCAUCAAGUGUUAAUUGCCAAUAAAAUAACUCCAGCAUCAAGUGUGGGGUUUGGAUGG